AUGUGGCAGGAAUACGACUCGAUAUUCACGGCUAACGGUCCGGGUAUCGAAAGGGGACAAAGAAUCCCCUCGAGGCAGCCAUUCUCAAGCAUCCAAUGGGAGACGGAGGAUGGACCAAGCGAACCAUCUAUAAAAAUUCGAUUCACCCGCUAUACACCCCUGGGUCCUCCCGUGGGCGAUUCGGGAUCGCUCGUAUUCAGCCGUGAGCUCGCUCGAGUACUCGAUGACAAACAUGCGACUGUCUUGGUUGGAGUAGGGUCUGGUGCUCUUUCGCCAGCAUCUGGCUCUUGGAUCGUGCCUGUGCCUUGA